CAUCAUCAAUGCGGCAAUGUCCGUUCCGUAUAAAGUGAAUAGUACUAGGGCUCCGAAACUUUCGCCGGUUGUCAAUACUGGUCGGAGGCAGCAACAGACGAUCUAUAACUGCCAACAAGUCACCUUUUGGCCUUACAUCCUCGUUGCUCUUUGGAUGGUGCCCGUUCUUUGCUACAAUUUCUGGGACUUGAUCAACUCUCGCAAUGAACGUCGCGCAAGAAGUAUAAUUCGAGAUCAAACCCUUACCGCAGCGGGCUUGAUCCACGUAUACGCCCUGCACGCUCGUCCAGGUCAUGAGGUUGGCGAGAAAAUGCGUAACACGGUCAAGGAGAAGGAGCUGUUGGACAUAUACGAGGAUAUCGACACGCAUGUGCAACACAAUGAUGACGACGUCUAUUGGAAUGCUGCAAUGACGUUGGCAGAGCCACCGGGGAGUCCGUAUUCAAGUCCAUACACGCCUGAAUGGAACCCCGAAUGGUCAACGUCGCCGCCGGAGUCGCCGGCUGUGAUGCAAACGCACCCAAGUGCCCUUUCUCCACAGCUCUCGCCGUCGUCAUUGGGGUCACCUUCAUUACCGGCAAGUCCAACAAGAAUGGCGACAAGGAGACAGAGACUUUUCAGGAGGGGGACUUCAUCGGAUGGGAUGGCAGAACCGUUACUUGAAAGCGAGCAUCACGAAUACUACGACUCAGAGGGUAUUCCAUUGAGCACGUGGUCGGGAAGGAGACGGCGAUGAAGGAGAGAUGUGUUACCCGGAAUCAGAGCAUUCCGAAGGACUGCUGGUAAUUCGAAACCUUCACCACA